AUGUACUGCGAAGAUCAGGCCGUCGCCGUGGGCGUGGACAGCCACGGCCUCACCGUCAAGGAUGCCAUCAACAACAUCCUCUUCGUGCUCGGCUUCAACGCCUUCGGCGGCUUCUCCGUCUUCCUCCCCUUCCUCGUGCUCGAGAUCGGCAAGCCCGACGCGGCCGGCCUCCGCACCCGCCUCCGCGACGAGGUCCGCGCCGCGCUACAGGAGACCGGCGGCGAGGUCGGGUUCGCGGCGGUGGCCAAGGGCCGGAUGCCGCUGGUGCGGUCCACGGUGUAUGAGGUGCUCCGGACGCGCCCGCCCGUGCCGCUGCAGUUCGGCCGCGCGCGGCAGGACUUCGUGCUGCGCUCCCACGGCGGCGAGGGCUUCGCGGUGUCCGCCGGGGAGAUGCUGUGCGGGUACCAGCCACUGGCCAUGCGCGACCCGGCGGUGUUCGACCGGCCGGAGGAGUUCGUGCCGGACAGGUUCGUCGGGGAGGAAGGGGAGAAGCUGCUCAGCUACGUGUACUGGUCCAAUGGCCCCGAGACGGACGACCCCGCGCUCGGCAACAAGCGGUGCGCCGCCAAGGACGCCGUCAUUGCCACCGCCUGCAUGCUCGUCGCCGAGCUCUUCCGCCGCAUUUCCUCGAACACCUAG